GGCCGAUCGAGCACUCGCUCUCUGUGGCUGAGUAGUAUCAAAUCAGCAGAGUAUCUGGCAGUAUCCAGUAUCGUGAAAGGUGAUGCGCCGCGGCGAUACUUGACUCGUGCGCGAGCUCUUAAUGUGCGAGCCUCACGUGAGUUUAUCUGGCGUUCAAGUACCGCGGGGGGAAAUCUGCGAUAAUCGUGCGGCAACGUGUAGUGAGCGGAGAGCGACACGACGCGCGAACAGCGCCGACAGCCGCGACUCCGAACAGAGACGUGAUCGGCGCGGCGCGCGGCGCACGUAGCUAGGACAUCACCCCGCGAGAGAAACGCCAUUUUGUGGUCGCGCUGUUGGGACGUAAACAUCGGACUUUCCAAUUGUAUUUGACGCGGCGGGAAGAUCGUUUGCUGACCGGGCGCCGUCCGAGCGGCUUUUCCGUAGCCCGUCGACAUCGUUCUCGCAUACCAGCCGAUCAUUGCGGCACGACACCAUCCCCUGUCCAACGUUAACGGCGUGACGUUUCGCGCCAAAUCCCGUCGCGAGACGCACACCUGGCGCACACACUGCGCUGUCUGCGCUGCGGCGAGAAACAGCUGUCGUCGGCUCGUCGCGUCUGGUUGCGCGUCACCGAUCGUCCGGCGAUAUCGGCGUUUCCGCGCAAUUUUGGCGCUACCCAACGACCCAGAGUUACGCCAUUGCAAGAGCUUUAAUUGCUGCAUAAAACUUGUGCGCUAUGACAAAAAUAACAUUAUGAUUAUUGACGAUUAUUCGCUAGCGAAUAUUUUAUCGAGCAAGAUUUGAAGAUAUGCGUUUUGUUAUUGCAAAGAGGCUUGAUGAGUGCACAAAAGUAUAAGGAAUGGUAUUCUAUUCGAUUCAGCUGGAUGUCAGAUAAGCUGAAAAAUGUCUGGUGAUGCGGGAUGGAAUGCCGUUAUUCACCAUCCUUCGGGCUUAGAAUUACAGAAUUGGAAUUGGGAAGAAAACGAUGGGGAGCAAGAGAAAGAGCUCCCUUCAACCGUUGAUAUGGAUGCCAUAAAAGGCGGCGGUAGUUGGGAUCCUACUACUGAACUUAAUGGAACAGAUUCGGUUGAUUCCGAAGAAGAUUCUGAUUCCGACGACGAAAGCUCUGGUGGAAGCGAAGGCAGUUGCUCUUAUUCAGAUUCUAAUUCAGAGUCAGACGACGAAAGUAGCGGUGACGAAGAAGAGGAUAGUGGAUCUAAUUCAGACUGUUCGUCUGAACAUAGUGAACAAACGUUUUCCAUUCAAGAAACAAACUUUGAACAAGGAGCAUUAAAAUUGAAAAUCACCAUGAAAGGUCCAAAGAAGGAAGAUUCUGAGAAAAUUAAAUGUGAAAAAAGUAAAAAGGCUAUUACAAAGAAAACCAAUCUCAAAACCAAUCAUGGAAAUAAGUCCUCAGAUUGUAGUAGCGAAGAUUCGGACUCGUCUGUGGGGCAUGCGGUGUCGCAACAAUCACAGCAACAACAGUCACAGCAGCAUCAGCAUCACCAUCAUGUGCCGCUACAAGAAAUCAAUCAAGAAGAUCUAACGACUAUCUUGCAAGAGCAAGAGGACGCGCCAUUUGACGGAUUUGAGGAUUCGGAGAGCGGUCGGCUAGUGUCAAAGGCGAUCGAGCGCAUGUCACUCGGCGCAGACUCGGACACGAGCGAAAACGGCGACCAGAAUCCCGUACCUGUACCAUACAGUUCCCCUUUGUUGCAGCAGUUUGUCGAAAAGACUGCUAUGUUGUCGGAACCACGGAAGAGACGCAGCAAAUGUGGUAAAAAGUUGAACAACGACAACGAGUAUCCAUGCGUAUCGAACGUGUCGCCCGACUCUGGUAUUCAAUCGGUUGACAAUAGUCCGCUACAUCUGGCCAUCAGUCCUGUCAGUCCUCCGGCGCCGACUCAAUCUCCAAUCCAACCGGCGAUUUCCACCAAACCAGUGGUGAACGUCGAUCGCGUUCUGUAUCCUCCAAAAAGAAAACCUGGUAGACCAGCGAAAACAGUGUCUACGCAACCACGCGGACCCGGCAGGCCGCGUUUAAAGCCGGAAAUAGUCGAGAAGAUCCAAAAAAUCGAAAAAGCGGAGAAAGAAAGAAAUGAGUCUUUAAAAAAUCUAAAGAAUCCCGAGUCUCGAUUAACGGAAAAGAAGGAAGCUGCAAAGGAAUCUGCGAGUGUAAAGGCGAGCGCGAAGGAAGAUGCGUCUCUAGUUAGAAAACGGGGUAAUGCAAAGUCAAUUGCCUCGAGGGAAGUGAAAGAGGACGCAUCUCCUACGGGUAAACGGGUAAAAGGUAAAGCGACAGCGUAUCAAAAGAAACGUUACGGUAACUCUGUGAAAUCUUCGCAAGAGAAGACGAUGGUCAGAAAGACUCCGCGAACAAGUUCCCCGAUGCGAGUAAAGUGCCUAAGCAGAUCCGCCGCGAGCAAACUCGCGCCACAAUGUGAUGGCAGGACCUGCCGGAAAGUCAGGCAAGAUAGAAACACAUGUUCUAAUAAAACCACGGUCCCAUUGACACGACAGAAGCAAAUGUCCUGCGAGCAUCAGCUUACCAAUGACCAAAAGAUGUUGAGCACCAGUAAGAGAACAGGUUCAAAGGAGAACAGGAGUAACGCGACCACCGCCGUCGUAUCUAGAAAACUAACGAAGAAGGUCGCGCCUCCGGCCACUAGGCGUGUUCUGAAGGAGAACAAAUGCAACAAGAAAAGUACCGCGGCGGGUUUUGAGACCAAUGGCGUAGGUGUACAGACGUUAAUAUCCCUGCCAGUUGGCGACAUAUUGAAGGCGGAAAAUAUGGAACGAGCUUCCAACAACAGGUACGACAAACCGAUGCAGCCAAUGCAGUACAGUCAUUGCCACAAACAUCAUCAUCAUCAUCAUCAUCAUCAUCACCAUAAACAUCGUCGGAGACUACUCGCACCGCCGAAGAAUCCCAUUCGCAUCGAUCCAUGUGUCAUCGAGGAGUUGGAGAAAUUGAUCGAGGAAUUCACAAGAUUGUGCAGUCUGGGCAAGAACAACAGCGGCGGCGGCGGCGGCGGCGGCGGCAAUCAUUCCGAAUUGCCGCAGAUCUUUCGCGUGAAGAAGCUGACGAAGAAAAGAAAAGGCGCCGAUGUUAACGCGAAUGACGAUCAAAAACUGAAGCGGCGUUUGAAAAAGGAAAAAGUACUGACGGGCACCGACUCGAAGAGCAGCGCGAACACUAGCACGAGUUCGAAUCCGAACGAGCAGCGGUUACCGUUGAAGAAACGUCAUUAUCAUGUGUCGAGUCCGCACAGUUCGCAAAGCUCGAACGCGAGCUGCACGGAUGCGAAUGCGAACGAGUCCAAUUCCACGGAAAGCCACAUAGAGGAAGCGAUCGAAGCUACUAUUACGAGAUACGGUGGCGGCAGCUCGACAUCCUCCAUUCACGACGAAGAAGAGGCCAUGCCGGUGACGCCGAAGAAAAGACCAAGGGAUGCGGCCGAGAACGCGGCAUCUGAGAAACAGGGUAGCGAUGAGGAUAAAACCACCAGCCAGGUAGAGAUACAACCACGGCGGAAGAAAAAGAUUGUAAAGGAUCUUCGUGUCACUGUCACGAAAUUGUCAUCGUCCGAAAGUCAUAGUCUUCUCGACAAGAGUGACAAGGAGAAGUCUGUGGAUAAAAGCGCCAAUUCCAAGAUCAACGCGGAGAAGUCUGGUAAAUCGGAUAAAAUAACAAUGUCGGACAAGUCGACGAAGGCCGAUAAAGCGCAGUCAAAUGACAAAAUGGAUAUUGAACAUGUUCGUACGGAAAAAAGUAUAAAAGUCGACUCAGAGACACACGUGUCCGAGACGUUCGACGACGGUGAAGCCGGUGCGACCGAGAACAAGCCAGCUCAGAUCGAUAAUUCGAACGUGCCAAAUCUCAUGAAUAAUACCGCGGCAAUGAUACUCACGAAGAAGAAGAUACGAAGACGAAAAGCCAUUAAUCGCACGGGCUUUCCUACUUUGAAGAAAAAGAAGAAAAAGCUUGUAGACUCUCCGAGAGUGGGAGUCAAAUCAACAGUAUUGGUUAGUGCUAAUGGAAUAUGUAAGGCUCAAGACACAGUCGAUCAAGAUGUAGAGGACAAUAAGGCGUCUUUAAUGGAAAAUAAAUCUCAGAACGUUACAGAAAAGGAACGACGCGAUAGUACAGCGGUAGUACCCGCUAAGAAUGAUGACGUAAAGAAUUUGAACAAUUCUAGUACAGUGCAGCAAGAGACAGCCAGCCGAAGUGGUUCGGACGAGGUAAUCGAGUCCUGUCCCGGUCAGCUGCGAGUUCGUAAGGAUCUCGUUGAAUCCGACAGCAGCGUAUUGUCCGAGAAGCUCUAUCCGAGUCCGGUAAAGUACGAAAAAAUACCGGACUGUCGAAUCUACGACGAGAAUGCGUCGUUGGAGGAAUCCCUCGAACGUUACAAUCAGAAUCAACGUAUCGCGGAGUUAAACGAGGAGAACUUGAGGAAAUUGGAACGCGUAAACGCUCAGGUAGCGAAUGUCAAAAUGGAAUUAUCUGGUUGUUUUAACAAUAAUCAUAAGAGAAGAAGAGGCUCGACCAGUCCUUCCAAUUUGUACGGGAGAAGCACAAAGAGAUUGAGGAGCGCGGGCUACGAUACGGAGAGCGAGGCACCGCCCAGCAGCGACGUCGCCAGCGAGGAUCAAGAAAUCGGCAGAAAAUCCGCAGGUCCUAUUCAUAAUCGGAAAAAACAGUCGAGAUGGAAGAAGCGAUAUUUACAGGCGAGCAGCAUAUUUUCCGAAUACAAGAAAGACCUCGAGACUAAAAAGCUCGCUGGCGUUGAUGCCAAACGUAAAAUUAUCGUUUGCGCCAAUUCAGAUGAACAUUAUGCUGCGGAACAAUUACCAAAUAUUAUACCGACCGGAAAACUCUUGCGACAGAAGAAAACGCCAUUUCAACUGCAGUACGAUUUAUUGUGGCUGCACGCUCAGUCGAGAUUAUCUGGUCGGGAUUUGGUGCCAUCGUGGAAUUAUAAAAAAAUUCGAACCAACAUUUAUUAUGACGUUAAACCAACUACUCUCUACGAAGCACAAGCCUGUGAGUGCAAACCAGAAAGCGGCUGCGGAGACGAUUGUAUCAAUCGCAUGGUAUUCAGUGAAUGCUCGCCCCAAUUGUGUCCUUGCAGUGACAAGUGCGAAAAUCAAAAAAUUCAAAAGCACGAGUGGUCACCAGGACUACAGAGAUUCAUGACGGAGGACAAAGGAUGGGGAGUAAGGACGCAACAAGCCAUUAAAUCCGGAGACUUUAUUCUCGAGUACGUGGGUGAAGUUGUGUCAGAGAGGGAAUUUAAAUCGAGAAUGGCAACCAGAUACGCCAACGAUACGCAUCACUACUGUUUGCAUCUGGACGGUGGCCUAGUAAUCGAUGGUCAUCGCAUGGGAGGUGACGGAAGAUUCGUGAAUCAUUCGUGCGAGCCCAAUUGCGAGAUGCAGAAAUGGAGUGUCCUCGGUCUACCACGUAUGGCGCUAUUCGCAUCGAGAGACAUUAAGCCGGGAGAAGAAUUGACGUACGAUUACAAUUUUGCACUUUUCAAUCCGUCGGAAGGGCAGCAAUGUAGAUGCGGAAGUAAUGCCUGUAGAGGCGUUAUAGGUGGCAAGAGUCAAAGGGUAGCUCGAAGUAUUCCCUCUCUACCGUCGCAAAUGGAGCCUAUCGAGAGGAGAUCGGUGGGCAGACCGCGGAAAAACAUUCGUAAAUCGAACGCGGUGCAAGCGGCCAACUCUAAGAAUAUCUGCAAAUCUCGCAAAAUGGGAGAUCCAAUCCUAACGCACAAUACACCACAGUUGAAACCGAUGUCUUAUCAACAGCGAUGCUUCGCGCGCGAACAUCAUUGCUUCUUGUUGAGAAAUCUGGAAAAAGUGCGACGACUCAAAUCGGCGUCGGUACAGCAAGUUCAAGUACAGAACGGAAAGGCGAAAUCUGGAAGCACAAACGUGACGAAGGAAAAAAGUUCGGGAGACUCUAAAGCGCAAUCCGAUGCAUUUUUCUCUCAAUUAACUGCGCUGACCAACACCAACGCGCGUACUGUACGAACGCGCAGACUUGCACAAGCACAGGACGAUCCAGAAGUACAUAAGACUGCAAAACUAGCUAAGGUAUUAAAAGAUUUGUACACAAUUGUUGCAACAGCGAAUGAUGAAAACGGUCAGCUGUUGUGCAUUCCUUUUAUGACUUUACCUCCUAAAAGAAAAUUAUCCGAUUACUAUGAGAAGAUUGUAGAACCGAUCGAUUUGAUUACGAUAGAUCAGUGUAUCGGUACUGGCCAUUACAAGACCGCGGAACAUUUUGACCAGGAUAUGAUUAGACUUUUCGACAACAAUGUCAGAUUCUUUGGUAGAACAUCUGAGAUAGGAAUUGCUGCGGCAAGACUACGGAAAUUGUAUUUGGGGAGUAAACCUAAUUUUGUGGACGCUAUAACGGAGGCGACAGGUUCUCCGCCAUCUCAAGGCUUUUUACCACCUCGUGGAUCUACAGCUGGAGAAGAGGAUGUCAUCAGAUGCAUUUGCGGACUACAUAGAGACGAAGGUUUGAUGAUUCAGUGUGAACGCUGUCUUGUUUGGCAACAUUGCGACUGUGUUAAAGCAGACACAAGCGUCGAAUCUUACCUAUGCGAAAGAUGUCAACCUCGUGAGGUUGAUUUAGAAAUUCCAUUAGAAGGCGAGGAGGAGGAAGAAGGCAAGAAGCAUUAUGUGACGCUGAUGCGAGGCGAUCUUCAACUCCGACAAGGCGAUACGGUAUACGUUUUAAGAGAUACACCUGAUAAACACACAUACAAAACUAUACAGAAGCCUGAUUAUGAGCAGAUGGACAUUUUUAGAAUCGAACGUCUAUGGAAGAAUCGCGAAGGCGAGAGGUUUGUGUUUGGACAUCAUUAUCUCAGGCCUCACGAAACAUAUCAUGAGCCAACGCGAAAGUUUUACAUAAAUGAAGUUGUGUGCGCUCCAUUAUACGAAGCUGUCCCUUGCGAUCUCGUAGCCGAGCGAUGUUGGGUAUUGGAUCCUCAUACCUACUGUAAAGGACGUCCUGUCGGUUCUACUCCUGAGCACACUUACGUAUGCGAAUAUCGCGUUGAUCGCGCAGCACGACUUUUUACGAAGGUGGCUAGAGCCAGGCAUACAGUGUGUACAAAACCUUACGCAUUUGAAACCUUCCCACAACGCAUAAAACAUUAUCGCACCUAUUUGCCUCAUAGUCUCGAUGGAAUCAAGAUGUCUAAAGAUAAGAAGAAGAGUAUCAAUCAAGAAGUUGAUGGGAAUCAAAAGUUGGAAUCCAAUGAUAACGUAAGGACGCAUAACAAAGAACAUAAAUGUGGUAAUAGGACCAGACGGAAGUCAGGCGAGAUCUUGACGGUUGCAUCGCCUGCAACGUCGUUCGCUCAACGGGAGGAGCAGCGGAAGAAAUUGAACAGCAUUCUACUGAAUCUACUACAGAGAAUGCCGAAUAAGAAAGAUCCGUUAGAUCUAUCGUUUCUUCUAGAAAGGAACAGGCGAAAUCGGAAAAGACCCGGCGGACUUAAUCCGUGAUAGUGGGUAAUAUCACAACGAUAAUAUAGCACAUUGUAUAUAGACUAAUUUAGAGUUACUACUAAUUUCAAUCUUAGUCAGAUUAAUAGGCUAGUUGGUUCUAAUCGUAUCAAGAUAAUUGUACAUCUAUCUUUUCCCCUUUUUUUUCUCGCCCUCUUUCCUCGGAGGAAAGCGCGAGAAAAGUUUUUCUUCAACAACCCGUCCAUUCGUGUAAUUUAUAUCUAUAUAUAGUAGCCGAAAUAAUAUUUAACAUAGACAAAAUUGUCUAUCGAUAUUUUUUAAAAUUUUUUUCUUUUUUCUUUUUCCUUUUUUUCUUUUUUUUUAUAGAUAUCUUGUAAUAGACGAUUAGAUCUUAACGUAAAUUUUUUUUUAUUUACUCUAUGUUUUAAUUAUAAAAUAGGUAGAUACUAUUUAUUUAUAAUAACGUCGAAGAAUCAUGCAAACAAUUAAUAAGUACUUUAAACUGAGUAGAUUAUAGGUACUUAUUUUAUUUUGAUUAAAGUAUUUAAUGGAAGAAGAGUAAUAUCGACGUUAAGGGUCAACAGGAGAGAUUAUGGAGAUCUUUAUCAAAGACGAAUUUUGAUUCUAAUUAUGGCUAAAUUACUGAGAAAAUCGCGCUGUAAUUGAAAUAUUCGUAAUCAGAAGAAACGCGUCUAUAAGCCUGUUAUAAAACGAUUUUGGAAGAAGGGGAAGACAAAAUAAAAGUACGUUUUGAUAUCUUACUAUAAUGCAGUUGAGAUACAAAUCAUUAUACUUAUUAAGGACGAAAUUACAAAAUCUGACUCUUUAGCAGGUUUUUCACAGUUUUGUGAAAACAUGAGUAAAAAAAAAUAUAUGGCAAUUACGAGACAAAAUAUGAUGAGUGUACAUCUAGAUAUGUAUACAUCUGUCGACCCUUAAACGUUAAAUCGAUUCUCCCGUGAGUUGGUUUAUUGCAUUAAUAUAAUUGUGGACUUUUAUAGAAAAUGUUUUGUACAUUUUUUUUCAUAGUUAAUAUAGCUAAAUGUACAAAUUAUAUGUUUUAUGGGGUCAAAAGAGUAAAACGUUAUGUGAAUGCGAGUGGGAAAAAUCAAUCAUACGAGAAUCUAUGUGAAUACAAGCGUGUGUAUUCACGUAAGUAAUACUUUAUUGCACAGAAGUAAUAUUAUAUUUUUCAUAAUCCCCUCGAUAUUUGAAGCAUGUGUAACAUACUUUCUUCACUUUAUGAAAGAAUCUUUACUAAUGUAUUUAAUUUAUUGAUAUAUUGAAUAGGCGAACGCGAUCGGAUGAAUCGCAGUGAUUCCAAAAUUGUACAUAUAUGUACUCAGGACUUUAUAUUUAUUAUUGCAUUACACAGUAUGGUAGAUACAUACGAUAUAAAUAUGUUUAAUACAUGAGUCUUACUCUUUCUUUUUUCUCGUAACUAACUAUUAUCUAUAUAUUAUAUUACUUUUAUAUAGAAACUUGUAGUAUUAUGGUUAUUUCAACGUAAGACGAAAGUAUUAAAAGAAAUAUUAUUAAUGCAUUACCUUACACAAUGGUAUUUUCAAAUUAAUAUACAGAAUUAUUACUUUUAUUUCGUCAGAAUAAAUGUAAGUUUCUACAACUACAUUUAUAUUUCGAGUAUCGGCAACAAGUAAACUACUGAAAUAUUUAUUAUAUUGUGUAAUUCAAAAAUAAAAACAAACUCGAAGCUGGCCUUCUAUGUAAGCUAGUGUAUCAUGAAAGGGAUACACAGUGCGUGAGUAAUUAUUGAAAAGAAUUAAUAAUGCUGAUUCAAUUCUACAUUGAUUUGAAAUUAUCAGUGAAUCAUGAGAACAUUAAACGCGAAAUGUUAUCGCCAUGCAUUUUCCAUGACAUACACUCUGCGUUUGCUUUGACGCUUACAGCGCUGUUGGAAUCAUUUCAUUCUUGUUGUUUAUCAAAUGUCAAACAAGAACAAAUGAUGGUCAUGAGUGCUACGAGCGUCAAAUCGAACGCAGGGUGUAGCUGCGUGUAUCAGUUUACUCGAUUAUUUUUACAAGAGUUUUAUUUGUUAAGAACGUGUAAAAUGUAACUUAUAUUUAUU